UGUAAAAGAUUUAAUACCAUUUGUUGGCGAAUAUGCGCUAAAUACAAUAUGCGAAACUGUCAUGGGCAUUUCUUUACGAAAAAUUGAUGGGAAUCAACAACGAAAAUAUCGAGAAGCGAUUCAUCAGAUGGAGAAAUUAUUUAUAUAUAGAUUAUUCAGGCCCUGGCUGUAUAACGAUUGGAUAUUUUCAUUGGUAUCAAAAGGCAGAGAGCAAAGAGAAGUUAUAAAAAUAUUACAUGGAUUUACUGAUCAAAUUAUUGAGGAAAGGAAACUUUAUCAUGAACGCACCAAUAAUCGAUUCUUAAAAAACUUUGAUAAUUUUACAAAGGCAGAAGCAGAUGAUGCAGAAAUGAUUGGAAUAAAAAGAAAACAACUAGCAUUGUUGGAUCUUCUAAUAGCAGCCUUUCAAGAAGGUACUCUAACUAAUCUAAAUAUCAAAGAGGAAGUUGAUACUUUUAUGUUUGGGGGCCAUGACACUUCAACGAUUGCUAUAAGCUUUUUGUUAGCACUAUUAGCUGAGCAUAAAGACAUUCAG